AUGACCGACUGGUCGAAGCUCAAAGUCGUCGACCUUAAAGCCGAGCUGAAGAGCCGUGGCCUGCCUUAUGCAGGGCUAAAGGGGGAGCUGAUUGCGCGAUUGGUCGCCGCCGACGCGGAGGCAGCGCAACAGGAAGAAGAAAACCCGGAGGAAGAGGAGAAGCCACAGGAACCAGAGCCAGAGCCAGAAGUUCAGCCAGAGCAAGAAGUCCAGCCCGAGACCCAACCAGAGGCGCAGCCAGAGGCACCCACAGAGCCAGCAGCUGUCGAGACAGAGAAUGUCGAAGCCACUCCAGAACCAGUCGCGCUGAAGCCUCCCUCGCACAUCAAGGAACGCGACCCGACGCCCGAAGAGAAGGCCAAUGCUGUCGAAGAGGCACAGCCCGCGCAGCAAGAGGAGCACAAUAAGCCCAUAGCGGCAGCUGAACCUGAGCCAGCCGCGCCAGUCGCUGAAAUUCCUUCCGAAGCUGCAAAAAGCGAUGACAAUGUUCAGGGCGGUGAGGCAGCGGCCAGCAGUCUUCCGCCAGCUGAAGUAACUCCAGCUCCCAUCGAACAAGCUACUUCGUCGUCCUCCCCCAAGCCCGAAGAACAGUCAACUGCACAGGCUUCCAUCGAACCGACACCAGAAGCUCAGAAGCGCAAGCGACGCUCGCACAGCCCUCUGCCCACCGAAGAAGAUAUAGCCCGAAAGCGCGCGCGCUCUGACAAGACUGCAAACGGCGACGAGAUUCAUGCCACGGCCGAAGCGAACGAAGCCGAUGUUGAUAUGACUGGUGCUGGCGCGCCUGAUUUCACGCCACAGACGAUCGACAAGGGCGAAUCUGAUACCAAGGUCAUCGCAGACUCGCGUAAAGAGUCGCCCUCACCAGUCGCUAAUGCUCCACCUGUGGAGAUGGAUUUCGAAAGAGACGUAGAGCCAGCGGUGCACACUCCCACUGCCGCCCUCUACAUCAGCAAUCUCAUGCGCCCCUUGCGCGAUGUCGAUAUUCUUGAGCAUCUUGGUAGCCUGGCAUCUACAUCCAGCGCAGACUCGGGGCAAGACCGCAUUGUCAAGUUUUAUUUGAACUCAAUCCGCACCCAUGCAUUUGCUGUCUUUGAUACGGAGCUGUCUGCCACUCGAGUUCGCACCGCGCUGCAUAAAUGCGUUUGGCCAAACGAAAGCAAUCGCAAGGCACUUUCAGUCGACUACAUCCCUCCCGGGAAAGUGGAUGAAUGGAUCGAUGUAGAAAAAGCUGGUGGAGCACGAUCCUCUUCCCGCUGGCAGGUGGUAUACAGACCUGGGCCAGAUGGCUUCGAAGCUGUGCUAGAGUCCGGAUCUGUAUCGAAAGCGAGACCAACCGAGCCGCCACCACCGUCCAAUAUUGGUGCCGAUAGUACCAAUGCUAUCCCUAUUGGUCCUCGAAGCCACCGUGAACGUGAGCGAGAGCGGGAUCGUGAUCGUGGCAUGAUGCCUCCACCACCCACGGGGCCAAGAGGUGGGCGUGCAGGAGCAGGAGCAGGAGCAGGAGCAGGAGCAGGACCCGGUGGCCGGCUCAGUACCAGUCCCCUGGACCAUGUCGUGGAGAAGACUCACUCUUGGCCUCCCAUCUCAUACCAGAUGGUGUCUGAGGAUCUCGCCCGCAGCCGCUUGGACAAGAUGCGAAGCCACUACACUCGCGACAAAUCCCGUGAUUUCGGACGUGAAAUCAACCGCUACUCCUUUGAAAACGGAGACGUCUUUGUGGACCGCGGCAAAGAAGUUUUCGAGGGUAUCCGACCUCCUCACCGCGAAGGAGAUCGUCGUGGUGGAGGCGGUAGUGGUGGUGGACGAGGAGCUCGUUCGCAAGGCCGAAGAGGACCGCCGCCGCCUUUCCGACAGAGGAGUGAUAGAUACCUCCCCGGAGCUGGCGGUGGCGGCGGUGGCUCCAGCUACCGCUCUGGAGGCGGACGACGCAGAGACAGUGACGAUGACCGACUAUCGCGACGCGACGAUUCUAGAGAUAGGGAUUAUAGAGACCGCCGCCACCGCUGA